CGGCGUGACAAAGCACCGCUAUGAGAGCUGUCGGUGUUUUGCUGUGCUUUUCUGUGUUUACGGGAGUCUUCGUGGAGGAUAAAGAAGCCCCACGUUUUCAAGCAUGCCUUGGGUUGGAGGUGUAUGAGGGGGCGGAGUCUGUCCUGCUGCCCUGUCAGGUACCAGAGGAUGUUUACCGGGACGCCACAGCAGUGGUUUGGGACCGCAAGGACCUGAGCAUCCCAACAGUCCAUCUGCGUCUGCAGAGCGGCGAUGAUCUCACGAAACAGAACGUUGUUUACUUCAACCGAACAUCGAUGAGAGCCGACGCUCUGCAGACCGGAGACCUCAGCCUCACUCUGAGGAAGCCCACGGUCAAUGACACCGGCACCUACACCUGCACCACCCGAAGAUACGGACAAGAUCAGAGCAAGACCCAUUUGCAGCUGAGGGUGGCAGAACGUCCUCCUCCUGGUCCCACUCCUCCUCCAGUCUGGCCCAAAUUUCUCUCGGGUGUCCUGGUUCCUGCGGUUCUCCUGGCUGUUGGCUUUGGUGUCCUCAUGUAUUUUAGAUAUAAAACGUUAAAGAACAAAGAAGUCGUUCAGGUCACAGCAGAACCAGGUGACGAGUCGGUGGUGCUGACCUGCAGAAGCACAGUUCAGCCCCUGCCCGAUGGUGCUACAGUGGUGUGGAAGGACAGAAAUGAGAGGAAGGUCCACGUAUGUCCGAAAGACUCUGAAAAACAGCACAGACGUUACAGGAACCGAACAGAGAUGAAGAAAGAGCCGCUGAGGACUGGAGACCUCGGUGUGACCCUGAAACACCCCACAAACACCGACAGGGACACCUACACCUGCACCGUCUACAGCGGGGAGGGGAAAGAACUGAUGGAGAAACAGGUGGAGCUGAAAAUCAGAGAGUGUCAGGUGGAGGUGGUGGAGGGGGCGGAGUCUGUCCUGCUGCCCUUCAAAACCACAGAAAACCUGCCUGGAGACAGUGAUGUGGAGUGGAAACGCCACGAACCCGAAUACAUGAAGGUCUACGUGUAUGAGAACGGCUCUGACCGGCCCGACAAACAGGACGACCAUUACAGAGGUCGCACUGAGAUGAACGCUGACCUGCUGACCGCUGGAGACCUCAGUCUGACCCUGAGACAGCCCACAGUGAAGGAUGCUGGGAGAUACGCCUGUGAGGUCAACAGCAAGGAGGCCUGGAGAUACAAGAGGGUGUGGCUCAGAGUUAAAGGGAGAGAUCAGGUCCAGGAUCAAGCCGAGGACAACAAGGGUAUUGAAAUGAUUCCUCUGAUGGACCAACAGUCAGCUUAAUCUGACUGGUCUGUGAUUAUGGAUCUGACUGGUCUGUGGAUCAGAGAGAAAACACCAGUAAUGGGAUGAAGAGGGAACGAUGCUGAGCUCAUCCACGUUCUGUGAGGAUGUUUUCUGCUCACACAGCUGAACCCUGCAGUGACUGUAGCUCAGCGCACUCAUGCAGCUUCAGCUGUUUGAUUUGUUACCACAUUAGCACAAACAACACUCAUGAUGUGCAUUUUAUAUUGUACUUACCCAUAAUGCCUUGCUGUUCAGGUCUCAGCUGUGAUCUGGGUGCUGUUUAGUUGAUGUUUGGACCUCAUGUCUGCACGGCUCCUACAUGUGUGAGGCUUUAGUGUUGGCUGUGUCUGUAAAACUGCACAAAAUAUAAGACAACUAACACUUUAAUAUACAUGUAGCUAAUGAAGUGCACGACGAAAAAGAACAAAAUGUUUUUGUAAAAUGCUGCUGAAGAGAAAAGAAAUAAACUCCAUCAUCUGU